AUGUCCACUCGGGAGCUCUUUCUUGCUGCAGCUCGUAAGUGUUUAUCUGCUGGUAGAAAAUCUCUCUCCGUCCCUCAGAGUCUGGAUCUGGCUUCUCAGAUCUCGGCGGUUGAUUUGGGAUUAAAACCGGCUUUAUUAUACGAUAGCAACAGCGCCGGAGCAGAUCAGGUGCAGCAGUAUUUGAGCUCCUUGCAGUCUUCCCAGCUUGUGUCUAAAUCACUUCUCACACUGGAUUUAAAUGGAAACGCUCUCAUUGUUAAUACACUUACAGUCCGAUCAAAUGUAGAACAGCUGCUUCAUGAUAACACGGUAGCUGUUAUUGAUGUCUGCCACACGCUGGAGAAGCCCGCCAUUGCUGACCUGCUCGGAGCAGAGACAAAGAGCAUGACGCAAGAUUUACUGCUUCUCCUGAGUGGGCUUGAACAACUGAAGGAGGCAGAUAAACCAUAUUAUGUUGCAGAGAAGUCAGACGAGUGGAACCUGUGCACGGUGUUUGGUCUUUUGUUGGGUUUCCCUGUCACGUACUGGUUUGAUCAGACCAAGAGCUUUGAAAACUGUCUGUCUAUGACUCCCCUGAUCCUAACGACAGCUUCAGCAACAUGGCAGGCAGACUCCACAGGUCACCGAUGUUGUCUGUACUCCUUCAGCUUCCCGGAUGUUCUGCUGAAUGCAGUGCAGUCCAACCUGGAACACUGGAGGCUUUGUUUACGAGAAAGAUUUAAGCAGCAACAUGUCCUCAAGGAUCUUACAUUUUGUCAAUCCAAAGUCACUCUUCCCUCAGUCUGUUUGUGAUGCGCACAUCAAAUGUGUCUUUAAAAUAAAUGUGUCUUUAAAGAA